AUGGAUGACCCGGGCGAAGGUGGCGGAGGCUCUCCAAGACUUCCCCCAGACGGCCAGGGCGGUGCUGAGCCUGUGCGAGGGAAUGACGGAUCACCGGAUAGUGGCAUAUUUGUGCCGCAACUAUCACCAGAAGAGGACGAGCAAACCGCCUCCCCUGAGCAGGAGCGAGAGGUCUCGCAACCAGGCUCCUCCAGAGAAACCCCCAUGGUCAUUGAUGACGAUGAGCAUGUUGAGGAAGCUCCGUCCGAGCGCCCAGAGGGGUCUCAGCCGCCCGAGGACGAGCCUGCCCCAGACCAAGACGAAAGCGAUCAGGAGGGUGGAGAAAGCGAGUCUGAAAGCGAGGAGGCUGAGGACCCAGCCGAGUAUGAAAUCCUAGCUGCAUGCCUGGGGGCCCAAUGCCAACAGCAGUGUGAUCAGAUUGCACAGACAAUACGUCUGAAGAAUCGAACCAACAAAGAUCUCCGGCGCACGCUCAAGCAGAAGAGGCGCAGGAUUAGAUUCCUGGAUGGAAAGAUCACGCUGUUGGCCCGACAGGUUCGCCUGCUUGGAGGUGUACCUGUCUACGGAGCAAGACGAAGAGCCACUCAGCGCCGCCCAAAUGCUUCCACCCCGCGUGGCAUGAACCGUUGGCAGGAACUGCUCAGACGCUCCAUUGACGGCAAUGAAUCUUACAACAGGGCAUGGAAGAGUAGUCAACAAACUCUGAACAUGCCUAUCGACAAUAGCAAAACACAUCCUGGCAUCAGGUUCGUCGCCCAUGCCAAUGCUGAGGAUGAAGAGCCUGAGGAUGAACAGUCCGAGGGUGACGAGCUCGAGAACGAGCCCGCUGAGGGUUCUCUCGUCAGGGCAAGAUGGCCUGCGGACUCGGAGUUGCCCGACAAUGUGUUGUUUUGCAUAUUGGAGCAUCUCCUCUUCUACGACCAACAAAUGUGUCACUGCAUCUCCAGGCUUGACUAUCACGAACCGCCUGUCAGUUUUCCAACACGAGAGGAGCUGGGUAACUCACGUACUGGACUUAAAGGACGGUUCUACUUUUCAAGCUUUCAAAGAACGCCGGUUUCCCUCACGCAUGACACACUGGACCCAAACGUCGUGCUCGCUCCAUCCUUGGUGUGCCGCCGGUGGGCCUUUUACUCAUUGAACAUAUUCUUUGGACGCAACACGUUCAGCUUCAGUUCGUUGGUAAGUCCUUGCGAUAUUUAUAACAGCACACCACUUCGGGGCUUGCAGCACAUGGCUAACACGCCCCAGGGUGAGUUUGGCAGAGCCAUGACCGGCUGGAAAUCAUCCAGAAUCGCAAUCAUCCAAAAUAUCGAGCUCGCAUGGUUAGGUGGAAGGGUAGUCCGCUUCAGUGAAUCGACUGGGGAACGCCGGGACGCGCGGACUCAACCACUGUCGUGGUUUUGCGAGUUGGCUAACUUGAAAACAUUGGUGAUCCACAUUGAAGAGGCGAAUAGGAAAGUCAUCAGGCGAUCCUACGAGUCCGAGAAUUGGAAGGAAUACCAGAGGAAAAAUAUGGCAGGCAAAUGCCAAGGCAGAAUGACAAGAGCCCUGCGCUGUUGUCGAGGCAUGGAUUUCAUCACGCUUAUGCGGGGACUUUCAUGGGUUCGCGUUUUUGAUUUGGACAAGCAGCUCAAGAUGGUUCCUCGAGAUGAAGCCGCCAUCAGAGACCAGAGUUUCAGAAUCGACGUUGAGCGCGCUGUGACUCAAGCCAAGCGACCAUCGGCAGCAGCUAAAGCACGCCCUGAGAGGCUUGACGCGCUGUUCCCCGUCCGCCGGCACGUUUGGAACCCAGAAGACGAGGACUUCCAGCGCGUGUGUGUCAUUUUCGACGAGCACACUGGAUAUUCUCCAAGGGAAAAUGAUUUGGACGCCGACGCCGACUCCUCUGAGGGGACAAUCGUGCCGAGCGAGUCCGACUCGUCUGGCGAUUCUGAGGGAGACGACUCUGAAUCUUCUGGGAGCCCACCUCCACUCAGACGCCGUCAAUUCACACCUGCACGCAGAGAUAAUUCCAGGGAAGACGAAGGGCUCAGCGAGUCUGGGGAUGAAAACCAUCAUUCUGGCAGCGACAGCGGCGAUUCUGACAACGAUUCUGACAACGAUUCUGACAACGAUUCUGACAACGAGUCUGACAAUGAUUCCGACAACGGGUCCCUUUCGACCAGGAGAAGGAGGCGCCUCGUGCAAUAUCGCCGGCAGUCGACAGUGUCAGAAAGCUAUUCUGAUGUGAAUCCUCGCAGAGCUCAGAGUGAAGGAGGAACAGUCUCCCAUACAUCAGAGAUCAUUGAUAUCUCAAGCGAACAUGAAGAGAGAACACCAUUGCCUCUCGGGCUCAGGGACCGAUCGUCAUCCGGCAUGUUUGUCACCUCAUGUGAGCGCUCCACGGGCACGCCGGAUCUUCUAGGGCGCUCUUCAAGUACGAUGCAACGACGCGCGUCCAGCGCACCCCGUCCUGGCUCUUCGCUUCAUAACACCGUCGAUCUCACUCAAGAGGAAAGCGACAAGGAAGAUGGCGAGGAGGGUGUCGACAAGGAGGGUGUCGACAAGGAGGCGAAAGAAGAGGACACCGCGGCCAACGAAACUGGCGGAGAUGCACGUGCCCAGCUGAUGCCUAGGAGGAAACGCAGCCGACGGGUGACGAGUUCUCCCAGUGAGGAUGAACAUCACGGUGAACCAAAGAGGCACAAGUCGGUCCCACAGGACUGGCACUUCCCUUCCCAGAUCAUACGGUGA